UGAGAAGCAGUGGAAACAAGGUUGUCUAAAUGGAUUGCAAGAGUAUUUUUCUUAUUUCUGUUAUGUGCUUUUUGGAGCUUGUUCAAUUCAGCGAAUCAGCACAGGGCAAGAAUAGACACAUCAGGUCAGCUUUCUGUGGCUGGAUAAAAAGUAAUCGCUGUUUAAUGAAGAUUGGAAGUUAUUCAGGCAGCACGAUCAGAACAAAAGUCAGCAUUGAUGGUGCCUAUACGACAGAUCCGGCAACAAGAUUUACUAUCAUCACGAUCAAGGACUCGUCGGGCAUGAAAAGAGGAAAAUGCAUUCAAUUUUCAACAAACAGCAAAGUUAAGUACGCGCUGAGGGUCGUCACUAUGAGCAAUAUCAUUUUUGAGAAGCAGCAGAAUGGCUGUCACGACAACAUUUCUGAUGACUUCGUUUUUAAAGAAUCUAGAAUUCGAUCCAAAAACAGUUUUACAUAUACUUAUAACUCGAAGUGCCUUGCUGCAAGGAAAGAUGGCACGUUAUUCUUAAAAACAACUAACGAUCCAAGCAAUGAGCAACAAUGCAAAUACAAUCACCUGAGGUACACAUAA